GUGAACAUAGAAAACAAAAUCUCUUGUCCCUAUCUACCUAUAGCUGAUGAUGUCUUCUGGUUUCAAUGUUUUUGGAAUUGGUAUCUCUUUUGUUGUGAUAUGUAUUCUGCAUAAGUCACCAGUAGACUCUCUACCAGAACUGAGUCCCAAGGAUUUUUUCAGCACAUUACAACAGGGAAAAGCCUCCUUAGCUUAUUUUUGUCAAGCUGAUUCUCCAGGUACCUCUCUAUUUCUUGAAGAACUAAAUGAGGCUGUUAUACCUCUUCAAGACUAUGGCAUUUCAGUUUCAAAGGUUAAUUGUGCCAAAGAAGAAACAUCAAGAUAUUGUGGAAAAGAAAAUGAUUUGAUGAAAGCAUAUUUAUUCAGGGGUAACAUACUACUCAGAGAAUUCCCUACAGAUACCUUGUUUGAUGUGAAUGCAAUCAUUGCUCAUGUUCUCUUUGCUCUUCUUUUUAAUGAAGUUAAAUAUAUUGCCACACUGGAUGACCUUCAGAAUAUAGAAAAUGUUCUGAAAGGGAAAGCAAACAUUGCAUUUUCAUAUGUAAGAGCCAUUGGUACACCAGAGCACAGAGCAGUUAUGGAAGCUGCUUUUGUUUAUGGGACCACAUAUCAAUUUGUCUUAACCACAGAAAUUGCUCUUUUAGAAAGUAUUGGCACUGAAGAUAUAGAACAUGCACAUCUCUACUUUUUCCAUUGUAAACCUGUCUUGGACUUGACCCAGCAAUGUAGAAGAACACUAAUGGAGCAGUCAUUGACUACAUUGAACAUUCAUCGAUUUAUUAAGAUAAUGGAAGCACCUCUGUUGACUGAAGUUGCUGAAGAUCCUGAACAAAUUUCAACUGUGCAUCUCCAGUUAGGAUUACCAUUGGUGUUUAUUGUUAGUCAACAAGCUACAAUUGAAGCUGAUAGAAGAACUGCAGAAUGGAUUGCUUGGCGUCUUCUGGGAAAAGUAGGAGUUCUGCUAUUGUUAAGGGACUCUUUGGAAGUGGACAUUCCUCAGCAAGCUAAUGUGAUCUUCAAAAGAGCAGAAGAGGGAGUACCUGUAGAAUUUUUGGUAUUACCUGAUAUUGAUUCAGUAAUAUCACAUGUGGAAAAUAAUAUGCAUUUUGAAGAAAUAAAAGAAGAAGAUGAUGAUGACAUGGAAGAUUCAGAUAUGGAUGUUCAAGAUGAUGAAGUGGAAGAAACUGUUUAUAAAGAUAGGAAGAACCAGUUACCUUUGGAACUUACGGUGGAGUUAACUGAAGAGACGUUUAACACAACAGUAAUGACUUCAGACAGCAUAGUGCUUUUUUAUGCUGGCUGGCAAGCAGUAUCCAUGGCAUUUCUGAAAUCCUAUGUUGAUGUGGCAAUUAAAUUGAAAGGCACAUCUACUAUGUUGCUUACUAGAGUAAACUGUGCAGAUUGGUCUAAUGUAUGUAUUAAGCAAAAUAUUACUGAAUUUCCUGCUGUAAAGAUAUACAAGGAAGGGGAGAACCCAGUUUCUUAUACUGGUAUGCUAGGAACUGAAGCCCUUCUAAAAUUUAUCCACUUGAAUAGGAUUUCAUGUCCAGUGAAGAUUACCUCUGUUCAAGAAGCAGAAGAAUAUUUAAGUGGGGUGUUAUAUAAAGACCUUAUCUCCUAUUCUAGUGUAUCAGUACUGGGACUAUUUAGUCCUACCAUGACAACAGCAAAAGAUUUCAUUGAAGCAGGGAAGUACCUAAAAGGAUGUGUUAUCACUGGAAUUUAUUCUAAAGAAGAUGUUUUUAUACUGUCAAAGAAAUAUGGUGCCAUUCUUCCAGCCCUGCUGCUUGCCAGACACCAAGAAGGCAAAAUGGAGACCAUUUCAUUAGCUAAUACCAAUGCACAAGACAUAGUAAAAAUAAUAACAAAUGCAUUAUUGGAGAUAUUUCCAGAAAUCACAGUGGAAAAUCUUCCUGGUUAUUUAAGUCUGCAAAAACCAUUACUCAUUUUAUUCAGUGAUGGCAACAUAAACCCUCAAUAUAAAGAGAUAAUACUGAAGCUGGUAAAAGACAAAAACUUAGAUUCACUUAUUCCCUGCUGGUUAAAUAUGAAGAACACUCAGGUGGGGAGAACAGUUUUGCAACAGUAUUUUGUCACCUUGCCUCCCCUUCCUCUUCUUCUUCUUGUGGAUUUGCAUUCAAGUGGCCGAGUGUUUGCCUUCUCUUCUGAUCAAGCUAUCACUGAACAAAACCUUUUAACAUGGCUUCAGAAAUUAGAAGCAGGACUAGAAAAUCAUAUAACUAUUUUACCUGCUCAGGAAUGGAAACCUCCACUUCCCGCUUAUGAUUUUCUAAGUAUGAUGGAUGCUGCAGCAUCAUUUCAGCAGCCAGCCAGGAAAGUUUCUGAGCCUAUUAAAGAAUCAAGUGUGCUGGAGAACAAAGAACAACAUGAAGAUAGAUCAGCAAUCAGAAAAGAACCAAUUGAAACGCUGAGAAUAAAGCAUUGGAACAGAAGCAGUUGGUUUAAAGAAGGAAAAUCAUUAAGGCAUGACAAUAAAGAAUUAUGAUCCUCAAAGCUCAUUUCACAGACUAUUAGAAAGACUAAUACCCUAUUUCGUUAA